AGACAGCACAUAGGACUAAGUACGUGGACAUGUGAACCGACUGUUACACGAGCAGAGACAAGCCAAACGUGCUUUUGGUUUUCCACUGUCACCUGUCGUGUUGACACUUAGGGGCUGAAGUGGCAGUUUUUGCUUAUGGCAUGCCCCCUUUACUUGCUGUUGCGGCUUGAUCAUUCGAAGAGCAAGCAUUACAACCUCUCGCACCUUACUCUCCGUCGCUAUCUUCAAAUCAAGCAUUGCCUCCUAUGAUCUUAUCCAAGCAGCUUCUCAUUCUUCGUCGCUCCUUGAGUCUCCGCCACCAUACUGCAGUUCGGCAUCUACGAGACCACAUUCGUACUCAAUAAUGAUGGCAACCGAGAGCAUGGAGCUAAAUUCUCGGGGCAUUCGCUUCGAGCAUAGCUCUGAGGAUAAAACAGACGAACAGGCACGAAUCCAGGAUGAUCUCACCCUAAGACGGCUCGGAAAGCGUCCGUUGCUCACUCGGAGUUUUGGAUUCAUGUCUAUCCUCGGACUGUCUUGCUCGGCCUUGAGCUCGUGGGAGGGAACACUGGGGACGACGCCUCCUGCACUUCUCAUUGCUGGGCCCGCUGGAGUUCUUUGGGCUUUUGUCGUUAGCUGGAUUGGUACCAUGUCGGUUACCGCGACCAUGGCAGAGCUUGCGUCGGCUGCGCCAACUGCUGGGGGGCAAUACUACUGGGUUGCUAUGAUAGCUCCAGAAUCUUGCGCUGCCUUUCUGACGUACCUCACGGCCUGGCUCACAACUUUAGCUUGGCAGGCCGCGGCGUUGACAUCGAACUACACGACAGCUACUAUACUUCAAGGCAUCAUCGUCUUAACAACCCCUUCUUAUGUGGCACGCCAAUGGCAUACGAUCCUUAUCAUCUAUGCCGUGACUUUCUUCACGGUCGCGAUCAAUUUUACAACAAGCCGAACGCUAGCCAAGAUCGAAGGGCUAAUACUUAUCUUACACCUAGCUGGCUUCUUUGGGAUCUUGGUUCCCUUGGUAUAUUUCGCACCACACAACACUGCCUCUUUUGUAUUCGAAACCAUAAGAAAUGACCACGGGUGGCCGUCUCAGGGUGUAGCUUUCCUCGUGGGGCUACCGACGGUCGCGUCUGCGCUUAUAGGUGCCGACUGUGCUGUUCACAUGUCUGAAGAGAUUCAGUCGGCGUCUACCGUUGUCCCCAAAGCUCUAAUUUACACGCUCCUUCUGAAUGGAACCCUGGCUUUCGCACUUCUAAUAGGCUUUCUGUUCAGCAUCUCGGAUCUAGAAGCGGCUGUUAAGUCCUCGUCCACUAUGUUCUACCCCUUUCUUCAUGUCUUCCGAUCUGCCGUCAAGUCAACAGCAGGGGCUGCCGCAAUGGCCAGCAUCAUCUUUGUCUUAGCAGUCGCAAGCACGAUCGGAUCUUAUGCGACUGCUUCGCGGAUGCUUUGGUCAUUUGCGCGUGAUAGGGGUGUACCCCUAAGCCAGCAUCUGGUGAAGCUUAAUAAGAAUGCGUUACCCACCAAUGCCAUCAUCGCGACAACUGGAACCACCAUCAUCCUCUCUCUGAUCGUGCUGGCGUCAAGCGUGGCGCUCGCCGCCCUAUUGUCCCUUGUAAUCGCGGCUCUCUUCUCGUCCUAUCUUCUUUCAUGCAGUCUGCUCCUGUGGCGACGUUGCACAAGCACCAGUGGUCGUGGAAUUAGCAGAGACGAGGGAAUGCAAUGGGGGCCAUGGAGGAUACUGGAGCCCUUCGGCACUAUAAAUAACAUUAUUGCCUGCAUGUAUGCUACUCUGCUCUUGUUUUGGUCCUUUUGGCCCCAGAGCCCGAACCCGAGUCCGGGGCGCUUCAACUGGAGUGUUUUGGUCUUUGGAGCUACAUUACUGUUCAGUGUCACCUGGUACUGGGCCCGAGCGCACCGACACUUUAGAGGCCCGGUCAAAGAGGUGUAGUCAGAGCCUACUUGUAUAGAAUGUCACAAGUUCUAUAAU